UGAUUUUUUGUGGUGGACUGUGGACGGCGUUGUCUCUUUACUAUAGCAAAUUAAUAAUAUUUUGAUUAAUAUAGCUACAAUAACAUUAUGCUCUCGUUGUAAACGAAGUAAUUAUGUUCGCAAGUGAUAAAAUUUGAAGCGGUUGAUGUUUUCAUAGUUUGUUUCCUCGUGACAUUGUCGCAAUGCCCCAUGAAAUAGUUUAUCCUCAGGGCUGUCGGCCCAUCAAUGAAGAGCUGGGUUCAGAUGAACUCAUUCGCCGUCUUAAGACGCUUGCCCACACGCUCCAAGCGAUGGGCCAAGACGAGGGAAUGUACCAGCAGUAUAUACCUCUGGCAUUACAUCUAGCAGAGGAACACUUUUUGAUGCAUCAAAGUAAAGAUGUACAACUUCUCAUAGCGUGUUGUAUAGCUGACGUUCUCCGAGUUUACGCUCCGGAAGCUCCUUACAAGGAUCCUGAACAAGUCAAGUCGAUAUUCAUGUUUCUGAUCAAGCAGUUAAAUGGCUUGAGAGAUCCCAAGGAUCCAGCCUUCAAGAGAUAUUUUUAUUUGUUAGAAAAUCUCGCGUAUGUCAAGUCUUUUAAUAUGUGCUUUGAUUUGGAAGAUUGCCAAGAAAUAUUUUGUCACCUGUUUGCACUGAUGCUGAAGAUUGUCAACGAUGAACAUUCAAGUAAAGUGAAGAGUUUUAUGCUUGAUGUUUUGGUCCCGUUGAUCACAGAGUCAGAUAUUGUCAGCAAUGAACUGCUGGAUAUUAUUUUGAUGAACAUUGUCGAGCCUAACAAAACAUCUCGGAAAAACGCCUAUCACCUAGCCAAAGAACUCAUCAAUAAGUGCAGUGAUACUUUGGAACCGUACAUCAACGCCUUUUUCAACCAAGUGCUGAUUCUGGGCAAGGAGGAGAAAGGUUUGUCAAUCUGCAACAAAGUGUACGACCUGAUAUACGAGCUCAACAAGAUCUGUCCGAGUGUUCUGCUGGCCGUGCUGCCGCAGCUCGAGUGUAAACUGAAGUCCAACCAGGAGCAAGAGCGGCUGGGAGCUGUAGCGUUGCUCGCUCGUAUGUUCAGCGAGAAGGAGUCCGUACUGGCCAGGAACCACCAUCAACUGUGGCGUGCGUUUUUGGGAAGAUUCAAUGAUAUCAGUGUCACCAUUAGAAUAAAAUGUGUCCAGUACUCGAUGCACUUUUUGAUUAAUCACCCUGAACUGAGAAAAGAUAUCGUGGAAACAUUGAAACUAAGACAACACGAUUCAGACGAAAAUGUCCGGUACGAAGUUGUGGCAGCCAUCGUAUCAACUGCAAAAAAAGAUUUUGAAAUUGUGUCUCAGAGUGAAGAUUUGUUGGAUUUUGUAAAAGAACGUACUUUGGACAAGAAGUUCAAAAUUAGAAAGGAAGCUAUGACCGGUCUCUCCUUAAUAUACAAAAAGCAUUUGUCUGAUUCUGAUGUUCCGCAAGCAACUAAAAAGGCUGUCCUCUGGAUUAAGGAUAAAAUUUUGAAGGGAUAUUACAUGCAGGGCAUGGAAGAUAGGCUGCUGGUUGAAAGAUUGCUGAAUACUUCGUUAGUUCCUUACACGCUUCCACCUGAGGAGAGGAUGAAAAAGUUGUACCACUUGGUUGGCACGAUUGAUGAUCAUGCAACUAAGGCAUUUGUAGAACUGCAAAAAAGUCAACUGACAGUGCGUAAGAGUGUGGGUGAGUGGCUGGAGAUUCACAGGCGACCACCAAGUAUGGAGAGAGAAAAGGAUAUAGGAGCACGACUUAUCCAAAUAUCUCGGUUCCUCCCAGACCCAUUAAAGGCUCAGGAAUUCCUUGUCAGGUUUUCCAAAAAUAUGAUGAAGGACCCAAGUUUAUUGCUCGGCAUGGAAGCGUUGGUUCGCCCUGACAUGUCUUGUAAAGACUGCACCCACACCACCAGUCUGGUGUUGAAGAAGCUAGGCCAGCCUGUCCAGACCAACUUGUACUACACUACUGUCAAGAUGUUGCUGGAGAGGAUCUCGUCAGUGAUGGUGGACUCAAUCGCCAUCAGAGCUCUGAUUGGUUUUGUGGAAGACUGCUUGAAAGGUGGAAAUCUGAUUGAAGAAAUAGGACUUCAUCCUAACAAUGCUGGUGAACGAGGCCUUAGACUACUUGUGAUGCUUUCAUACAUUUUCCCCCAUCAUUUUCUACAUGAAGACAUAAUUCAGCAUUUAAUAAGACUGUUAAGCAUGGAAGAGGAUUAUAUUGCCCCACUGGUUCUGACGGUGCUGACCUUCCUAGGGAAAUACAAGCGGCUUGAUGACGUGGUCCCCAAUGAAAUAAAUCAACUGAUUCCCAUUUGUAAGAGGUUUGUGGAGACUGGAACUCCCAAGCAAGCGAAACAUGCGAUAAGAUGUUUAUUCAAAAAUGUUUCAAACAAUGUUGAAGGGCUGUUUUCUGAAAUGCUAGAGAAAGUAAAGGAGAACCUAACACCUACUUCACCAAACUACAGGACAGCAAUUGUAGCACUCGGUCACAUUGCCUAUAACCUGCCAGACCACUACCCUGUUCACAUCAAAAACUUGGUAUCUAGAAAGAUUGUGAAGGAGCUGCUGGUGAAGGAGAGUGACGGAGGAGGCCAAAACAAUGAUGAUGAUUGGUGUGAGGAAGACCAGCUACCAGAGGAGACUAGGUGCAAGAUUGAAGGCCUGAAAGCUAUGGCAAGAUGGCUACUGGGUUUGAAGAAUGACAAGAUGUCGGCACAGAAAACCUUCAGAAUGCUUGCAGCCUUCAUGACCAACAAAGGAGACCUUCUGCAGUCUGGCAAGCUUAGCAAAGCUGAGAUGUCGUGGCUGAGGCUGGCUGCAGGUUGUGCCAUGUUGAAGAUCUGUGAACAGAAAGGUGUAGGAGACCAGUUUUCUCCUGAACAGUUCUACAUCCUGUCUCACCUUAUGAUUGAUGAGGUACCCCAAGUCAGGGAAACAAUGAUGAUAAAGUUGCAUAAAGGGCUAGGACGAGGUUUACCCAACAAGUGCCUGCCGUUGGACUUCAUGGGGUUCUACGUCUUGUCUGGUUUUGAACAAGACAAACGACUCCGAUCGGCCGCCAAAAGUUUUAUGUUCCUCGACAUUAACAAGAGGAGAGAGUACGCCAAGACUCUUACAAUGGGCUCUUCUGCUUGCAGUAUAGAUAAAGCGAUGAGCCAGCUGCCUCACAUUCUACCAGACUACAUGUUGGUGUUUGCCUUGCCCAUCCUGGUCCACUGCCCUCUCUACACCAGUCACGAGGACGUAGAAGAGCUCACCAGGCUACGGACAGUGUUGUGGUUUAUACUGGAGCCUCUCAUACAGAAGAAUGACUCGUACUGCUACGGCUUCUAUAAGGAGCUCAUUGACAAAAUGAAGAACCUCAAUGAUGCCGUCAAGCCUGAGGAUAACAAUGUCAAUUGUAAACUCUGGGCCUUAUGUGAUUUGUCCAUGGACUUAUUGGCUCAAAAAACCGUGAACUUUGAGUUUAAAGAUUUCCCUGCAGAGGCGAGAAUAUCACCUAUGUACUUCAAGAAAAACGAAGAUCCAAACUUUGUCAACACCAAGGUCUACAUUCCUCCAGAGCUAAUGAUGAGCGGCAACGGAAGGAAAGGAUUGACCAAUGCGAGUGUACACAUGUCAACGACAGAGCGGCCAGUGAGGAAAACCACCAGAGGUCGCAAACCUCCGCCAGAGCCUUCAGACACCAACGAGCACGAUGUCAAGCCUGCUUCUGCAUCCGACUCAAGAAUACACCUACCACAUAUGGAAGUAGAUUCGGACGAUCAAGAGGAGAGGGAGCCCCCGCCUAAGCGAGGUCGUCUCGCUAAAUUAGAGAAAGCAGAGUGAUAACACCUGAUUCUGAAUGGUACAAAGUGAUAAGAGGACACUCUGUGAGUGAAACAACUGUGUAAGCGGUUCCUGGAAAAACAAACUAUCACCAAAGAACACUUGGAAACAUUUGUCUGCUAAAGCCAAAAGAGGUACUUUUCAUCAAGGUUUGCAGUUUGCAAGCGGUUUUAAUAUUUUGUCAUUUUAUUCGUGACUUAAGUUUUAAGUUGAACGUUGGGUACGAAUUGUUAGAAACAUAAAACCAAAAUCAAUAGUAGUUUUAUCAUGAUAAUUUAAUUAUAGAAAAGUUGUUGACACAAAUAUUUAAUUAUCGACGGUUUAAUGGAAAUUCUCGAACAUAAUAAUGAUUUAAGCACGUUGAUUUGAGAACAUAUUGUUAAUAUAUUUUCACAGUAAAAAGGAAUUGAAUUCUCAUAAUAUUGGUUAGUAAUGAACUAUUUUUAUUUUGUCAUAUCACAAUGUUUUUACAUAAUCCAUUAGGAGACUAGUCCUAAGAAUUUGAGCAUAAAUUACCUGGUAUUUAUUUCAUAUGUAGAGUCAAAGUUAACAUAACAACAGUGAAACUACACGAUUAAUUUAAAUAACUAUAAACUGAAUUGUUUUAAUGACUUUGUCUUUAUUUCAUGGGUUGAAUGAGACCUGAGAGACAACGCUCCUAACGUCCUGAAUUUUGAAAAAAGAUAUUUGCUACGAAUUUAAAAACAUUGAAGAAAAUUGUCAAGUUUGAUAUUUAGUUCACAGAAUUGAAUUUUUUCAAUUCACAGCUUGUAGGCAAAUGUUCAGGAUAAUUAGUAGAACUAAAUUCCAUUUAGCACAUGGAAAAUAACUGAGAAAUCUUACUUAUUUUUGAUCUGUUUGUAUUGUUUCACAUCAUAUUUCUUGAUAAAGUGAAAAAGCUCUUAAUUUUACAAAUCUGUAUCACUCCAAAAAGACCCUUGAGGAUAGUUGUUACUAUUUAAAAAUCACUAAGUUAUUGGUUAGUUUUACUAUCAUUCCAUAAAACCAAACAGAAGGCCUGUUCAGCCUACAGCUGUGCUACCUACAGCACUGUUGUGGGCCAGGUGCCAACUUUUUGAACCUGUAAUUCCAUUAAUUUAUUGAAUGGGAGCAUUUCACUAGGCCCAAAGCUUAUAUUUCAGUACAAGGUCUAAGAAUACAGCCAUUGCCAGAAGUAAACAUUUACUUUUUGAAAUUAACUUGUAGAAAGACUGUCCUUUGAACUUUGGACCCUGUUAAGUUAGUUAUUAUUUUUUUAUUUCACAAGGUCCAAAGGUUAUUUUUAGUUUACAAGAUCCAAAAAUAAAUUGUACAGAGGGUCCAAAAGUAGGAAUAAUUUCAUAUCCCAGAUUGAAGGCGUUUGAGUACACGCCAUGACCAUCAACGUUCCUAGCUAUCUAUUUUCUUUUGUGAUGUACUGUAACUUGUUAUUUGUAAUCAAUCUCUCUGCAUGCAUUUUCAUUUUAUCAUCAUAGCUUGAUUUUUUUAACUUGACAUAAUAUUGGAAAACUGCUCUGCACUAUAAACGUGGGAUUAAAACAUUAACAUUAUAUCAAAAAAUGCUUUGUUCUAAAAUCUUGAUUGUGAUAAAUGUUUAAUUUCUUGUCUUUUUUAUAAUUGUGCGUUAUUAAGCCCAAAUUAAUUUUUAGGCUAUUUUAUUUAUCUCAGUUGUAAUCUGCUCUAAGCCUCUGUGUUUCUUUCAUAACUAGACCUACUCAGUCAUUACACUAUCUUACGUGACUAUGGAACGUAGUUUGUCGUGUACCACCAUAUUUUUGCCAACACAAGUUUUGGAUACUUUUGUCAAUGUACAAUUAAAAAAACAAAAAUAGAAAUCAAACAUUUCUCACAACCAGGAUAUUUGUAUUCAAACUGAGACCUAAUUAAAAUUAUUCCUACUUUUGGAACUUCUGUACCAUUUAUUUUUGGACCUUGUGUACUAAUUGUUCUUAUUAUUGAACAGACUCUAAACUUGGUCUAUGUGGCAAUAAUAAUGUUAUGAUAAUAAUUAUUAUAGAAAUCCAUGUGUGUAGCCCCUGAGCUGUUGGACAUAAAGUAAGACUAAAUUACUUAAGUCAAAGUCAAAACAUUCUUUAUUCAUUGUUUUGUAGCGUAAGUACAUUGAACAUGCGUCAUUUCUUAAAACUAAUCCUUAUAAUACAAUUUCUGUCAAUAAGUACAAUAAUGUUCAAAACACCAUCAUUUCUGUUGGCAAAUAUUAAAUUUAAGGCCGUUAGUUAUUUUAAAACUCAUCUAGUAUCUACAACUAGUUGGAUACAACUAAAUAAUUCUACAACUAUCUACUAUAAUGCUCUCUCAACUAGGUGUUCUUUUAAUUUUCUCUUAAAUUUUGAAAACUCUUGAUUUGUGUCUAUUAUGGUAGAAAUUUUGUUUAAAAAUUUAGAUCCUAUAUAAUUUGGCUUUUUCUCAAACAUUUUUAAUCGGUGACUUUGCAACCUUAUUUUUGUUAUUGUUUCUUGUAUUAUAAUGGUGGAUCAACUGACCAGUCUCAAAUUCCUCUUGAUUUUGUUUUGAGUAGUUAGUUUCACAUACAUAAAGACUAAAAAUAAAAUACCAUCAUAAUUCUUAAUUCUUUAAAAUUUUCUUUAACAUGGUCAGUUUGUUCCAUAUUUAGCAUUAUUCUGAUUGAUUUCUUUUGUAGUUUUAAUAUCUCAUUCAGAUUAUUAAUAUUGGUUGCUCCAUAAACAUGUAUAUUGUAGGCUAAAUGAGAAUGAAUCGUACCGUAAUAGACCAUUUUGAGAGUUGUCAGAUCACAAAUAUUUGUUAAUGUCCUGAGAGUAGACACACCCGAAUUCAUUUUUGCCAGUACUUUUUCAACUUAUGUAUUCCCGUCACAGCUCAUCAAUAAAAUUUUUAUUGAGCUGUGACGGGAAUGUACGUAAGUAAUUUAUUCUUACAUUAUUAUUAUUAAAAUACAAGCUUUGGGCCUUCUGAAAGUGAUCCAAUGGAACCCAGUCUCGAACUGUCACUUGAUUUCCUACAACUACUCCAGCCUUAAGGUCAAAAUUAAAAUUUCUCAAACCACUGGAUUUUUGUUACCAGCUUUAUACCCUUUGCACAAUUUUUCAACUCAAGCAGUUUAGCCAUGACAGUCCAGAUUUGCUCAAUCCGAAUGUGCACCCAGCCUAUUUUUGAGGAAGUCAUAUUUGGUCCAUUGUAGGACUAAAACUGCUCAUAUGUCCACAAUGACCAACUAACUGUUAGGAACACAGAGAAAUAAGGUACAGAGGAAACAUUCACUUAAGUGGUGUCUAGCGCAAUGUUCAUCUCUCCCCUUGCCUUCAUAUACUACAAUGCAUACAUUCUCGGUCCUUGCUCGUCAAAAGUAUGUUUCCGGCACAACUUACUAGAGCUCAAAGCACACGGACGUCUAUUAGCAAGUUUACUCUGUACCUCACUUCUCUGUGAUACAAAUAACCUCAAAACGCUGUUAAUAGCACCUUGAUUUACCAAAUGUUCUUGUUUUACAAACUUACAAAAUAUAUGUUUUUUUAUUUAAACCUCAGUUUUGGUCAAUGCUUAACGGUUGAAGUCUAAUGAUUGAUGGCAAAUGAUCCUUAUCUAAUAGAUUGUUACAGACAUUUCCCAUGACGAUUAAAAAACAAACUUGUUAUUCGACUGUACUACUCUCUUCUGUUGACGUAUUGUUACAGUAUUCCUCAUAUUUAUUUUUAGUAGGCUUAUAUUACUUAAUAGAUUAUUUGAAGUAUGUUUUUAAAAGUAUGUAAUUUAUAAAGCAAAAAAUUUUUUAGAACCAAUUUAUAAAUAAUUGUGCAAUGAAAUCUGUGAAUUUCAACCCAUCACUCAUCGCAAACAGUGGCUUGCAAGAUUAAGAACUCCACCUUUUCCCCGUCACACCACUGAGCUAGAAAAUCGACAUGCUGUAACAUUUAGGUCAGUUGGUAGCGUCACAGACUUUGGGCCCAAGGCAGUGAUGUCGAGGGUUCGGAUCUUAGUCACUGCCGUAAACAUGUUGUACCAGCUCAGCCCUUGCUUUGCUGUAUACGAUCCACGCACGGGCAGUUAGUCUAUGUGAACAGACAAAUGCAAGGUUAAAGGAGGCUGCCAACCUCUAUAAAAAAAUAAAAAUAAAAUUAAAGGAAUCAACCAGCUCAUUAGCUAUGGCUUCAUUACAAUCCCAUAAUCCCCUAUUCUCUUAGUUCCAAUUUACUAAGCAGUGUUUCCACAUGCCAUAUUUUUAUCCUGAAAAGGGAUUUUUGGGCCAACAACAACGGGAUGUGGAAUAAAACGGUAUUCUUGUCUCUGACCUUUAUUUUUUUUUUUAAUUAUUUUUAGAUCAAAAUUAUACCCUAUUGAAUUGAAUAAUUGCAGUUAAGAACUAUAGCAAGGUUUAAAGAGCUAUUUUUUUAACAUGAUAUGACCGCUCGGGAUAAUAGAUUUAUUUACAAAAUUAUGCGAGAUAAUAUGGGAUUUUAUUGACCCGAAAUGUGGGAUUUUUAUUUUGGUUGUGUGGCCAUUGUCUCUCUAUUCUCUCAUUCAGUGAUACCCCCAGUUGUAUUUCUAGCUCAGAGUCGCAUACAACUUUAUUUUUCAUACAAUAGGUUAGUUGACUACCUUCUAUAUUUACUUACUAAUACUUUAAUAAAGUAAGCCAGUAUAUUGCUAUAUAUUUAUUUGUUGGAUAUUUCAUUUUCAGUUUUAUCAAGCCAUACAAUCAAAAAUACACACAGGGUGUUUAGAAUGUCUGGAAACAAAAAAACUAAAAAAAAAACAUUGUUACUAUUUAUAAAUAAAAAUUAUCUUUUUUACUAAAAGUGUCCAGUGUCUUUUAAACACCCUGUAAAACAAACAUUACAUAUUUUGCCCAAGUUACACCUUGUUUUGUAGCCCAGAAAAAAUGUAUGUUAUGAAUUGUACCUAGCUGGCUAGAAUUUUGCUUGCACACAUACUGUUGGCUCAUACAGACUAUACCAAGUAUAGUGUUUGAAAAAGAUUUUUUUCUUCCAACAGCCCUCAAAUGGGAUUUUUGCAAAAAAUCUGUUAGGAAUUUUCGUUAUGAACGUGUUGUGAUCAAAAUUAUACCAAAUGAAGGUUCAUUCAGUUUGCAGGUUGGCUUCAAUGUGGCAUUGAAAUCUCACCCAUUAAAAGGUACCAUUUUAUUUUUUUGGAAUUGUUUUCAUAUACAUAUUCCGCUGUUGCAGAAAUAGUUUCCAAUGUGUGGUGUUUUUCGAGGAGCCAAUAAGUAAAUUAUUGCUAUAAGUAUAGUGUUGUCAAUAUGAAAAUCAUAGUCAUGUAUAUUUUGAUACUUUUUUUCUGUACUUGUAACAUAUUUAUUUAGUAUUAUUUUUAGUUUCUUCAACUAGUGGGCACAUAAAAAGACGGUUUGGUGAGCUUUAGGUUGUAUAAUGUCACCGGGUGUGCAGUGCUUAGCCUUUUAAUAGCAACACCAUACGGUUAUUUUAUCAAAAGCCCUGACCGUCUUCUUACCUGCUCUCCAGUAAUAGAUAUUUUUGUGAUUCAAGACGACUGGUUAUAUAUAUUUAGAAUUUAAGUUUUUCAAUUAGUAUUUUCUUUCUUCUAUAAACUUGUUUUUGUUUGGUUUUGACACUUCAACCUUCUUUCAUUUUAUAUGACACUUGGACAACGGGAUCUCUUGUAUUAUGAAAUUGACGGCUUCACCGAUCAUCAAUGUUUGAAAUAGUUUUUGUUGAAUAGUUAAGUUUAAACAGAUAUACUUCUUUGUACAAUACUUAAGCAUUGUGGAAGGCAUAUCCAAUAAAUAUUUUUAAUUUC